AUGCGUGUGAAUUUAGCGGUUCAAGAGAAUCCGCGUUCUCUACCGAUUCUUUUGUUGGAGUUAGCGAUUCCAACAGGGAAACUGCUUCAAGAUCUUGGUGUUGGUUUGAUCCGAAUCGCGCUUGAGUGCGAGAAAAAACCGAGUGAGAAAACCAAGAUCAUUUAUGAACCCAUUUGGGCAUUGUAUUAUAAUGAUGCUUUACGCUGUGUCGAUGGGAGCUCGUGUUUUACCUGUGAGUAG